AUGGACCCCCCAGCCGGCCGGUUCCCAGACACCCGGCUGACGAGCGGGACCGACCGAGCCCGCGCGAGCGUCCGUCCCCACCAGCAGCCCGACACGCGACCCCGUCGAUCGCGCCGCCGGGAGGGGAACGUCCCGAGGUCGCGCGACACGAGGACGCCCCCGGAGAGCCGCCCCGCGGCCCGAAACCGCGUAGCGCGGAGGGCUCCACUGCACGACGCGACCCCGAGGGGCGCCGGCGGACCGUCCUCGGACCGGGGCGCCCCGAGACCGGGAUACUCGACUCCCGCCCCCCCCCCUCCGACUGACCCGAAUGUGUGUGAGCUCCCCCCAUCGCCCGUCCGUGCGGCCAGGACCGCACCCGCCUACCCACUCGCCCGCCCUCCACGCGUCACGCGUCGGCACGCCCCAGGGCCCUGUCACCUACCCGCAUCCGCCCAAGCGCCCGAAGUGGCCCCAUCGCGGACCCUCCCUGAGGCGGCGCGUCAUGGACCGCCGACCGACACUCUCCGCGGCCCAGCUCGGAGCGAACCCCCAUCCGCGAGUCAGUGGGGGGACACCCGAGACGUGCGGGGGGCUGGUUCGGACCACCCUCCUGCGCGCGGCAACGCCCAACCUGCUGACCCGCGCCUUGCCGACCCUCGCGAAACUCCCGCCGCCCCCAGAGGGACGCCGGCAUACGGCGUCCGCCCGCCCCGUCGACGCCGUACGACCACACCGGCCCUCCCCUCGGAGGGGGGGAAACCGCCCGGACCUGCCCCCGCGAGUUGCCGCGUGGCCUCCGCCGCUCGCUCCGGGGAGCCUAUCCGCCACCCUCGACGCGCGACACAGCGCCAGCGGGCUGAGCCGCACAUGACCCCGAGCUAG